AUGGCGAUGUUCCUCCUGGUCACGCUCUCUGCUUCCCAAAUGGCGUCCUCCCUCCGCCCCCACGCUGGCCUCGGCCUCGGCACAUGCCGCCCCAGCGGGUACCUCCCGGGCCGGUCUGGCAAUUGUGAGAAGAGCAACGACCCGGACUGCUGCGAGGACGGUAAGAUGUACCCGCAGUAUCGCUGCUCGCCGCCGGUCACAGACAGCACCAAGGCAGUGCUGACGCUCAACAGCUUUGAGAAGGGCAAGGACGGCGGCGGCCCGUCAGAGUGCGACAACGCGUACCACAGUGACGAGGAGAAGGUUGUUGCGCUCUCAACGGGAUGGUUCAGCAACAUGGCGCGCUGCGGGCACCGCAUCAAGAUCACAGCGAACGGCAACUCCGUGUACGCCAAGGUGGUGGACGAGUGUGACUCCGUGGAAGGCUGUGACGAGGACCACAACUUUGAGCCGCCAUGCGACAACAACAUCGUCGACGCGUCGCCAGCUGUGUGGGAUGCCUUGGGGCUCGAUCAGAACGUCGGCAUGGUAGACAUCUCCUGGUCCGAGGAGUGA